CCGCCGCCGCGCUGUUCUUGGCGGCGAAGCAAAGCAGCCUGAGAGCCGCUCAAGUGAAGAGCCUGACGGGGCAGCAGGAGCCGGAGAGUUUGUGUUGCCCGCGCGCCGUUGUUCCCAGCGAAGAGCCGGAGUGCGUGGCAGCGGGGCGCCUCGCCUGUAGCUUCCCCCGGCAGCUCCCAGCCAGCGCGGAGCGCGGGAGCCCUUUCGCGUUCCCACCCCACGCUUAGAAAAAGCCAAGCCGGGGAGAAGAAGGCUUGAAGGACCGGCAGCGGCGGGAAGGAACGCAAUCCUUCUCCUCCAUCUCUGAUCUACAAUGAGUGCCAAAUCUGCUAUCAGCAAAGAGAUUUUCGCUCCGCAUGAUGAAAGAAUGUUGGGAGCAGUCCAAGUAAAAAGGAGAACGAAGAAAAAGAUUCCUUUUUUGGCAACGGGGGGUCAGGGCGAAUAUUCAACUUACAUCUGUUUGUCAGUGACGAACAAGAAACCUGCACAGGCAUCUAUUACAAAAGUCAAACAGUUUGAAGGUUCUGCAUCUUUUGUCCGAAGGUCGCAGUGGAUGCUUGAACAACUUCGCCAGGUUAACGGAAUAGACCCUCAUAAGGAUUCCCCAGAAUUUGAUUUACUAUUUGAAAAUGCUUUUGACCAAUGGGUAGCAAGCACAGCCUCUGAAAAAUGUACAUUCUUUCAAAUUCUCCAUCAUACCUGUCAGCGGUACCUUACAGACAAAAAGCCAGAAUUUAUUAAUUGCCAGUCUAAAAUUAUUGGAGGAAAUAGCAUAUUACAUUCGGCGGCAGACAGUGUAACCAGUGCAGUACAGAAGGCAAGUCAAGCUUUGAAUGAGCGUGGUGAAAGGUUAGGUCGAGCAGAGGAAAAGACAGAGGAUAUGAAGAACAGUGCCCAGCAGUUUGCAGAAACUGCACACAAGCUUGCCAUGAAGCACAAGUGCUGAAAAUGCCUACUGUAAAGAUCUUUCCAAGAGGAACUGAAAAGCUCGAUUCAUCAUUUUUUUUACUGGAAAUACAACCACAUUUCUGCUUUUUUCUACAGUUCAUUGAAGCCCAGUUAUUCCAGUUACUAUGUAGGAAAUAAGUUGUAUUCCUAUAUUUUUGUAUUGCUAAGCCAUUCUGCACUAUUACCAUAUAUGUUUUUUAUUAUUUAAAAUAAGAGAUGGUGUUAACAUGGAAAUUGGACCAAAGGACAUACUGAACUGCAUUGAUCUUCAACAUCACACUUUCCCCAGUAUUAAGAAAGAAGAACUAAAACUACCUACAGGGAAGAUUACCAAAUGAAAAUAAAAUCCAAGGAAUUUGGUUUACAAUUAUCUCUUUGAACAAUUUUUAGAGCUACAAAGUUUAUGCCUUCGAUCACUGAGCAAAACGAAAUGAAUUAUUUGCUAUGAAAAAGCAGCCUCAUUUCUGCCAGUAUUAAUACUCAUAUUUUGCAUGUGCCAUCACCAGCACCACAGUGCAAAUCUGGAUUUUAGAUGUCACCCUGCAGUCAACACUACAUUUUCAAAAUAACUUCUUUUUUACUGUUCUGAUUUAUUCUUUGGACUAUAUAAUACCACCUAGAAUUCACACUUGAGAUGUUAAGACCUAAGGAAACUCUAAUGAUUAAAUUUCUAAAUGUCUUUACAUUUAGUCUGGAAUUUAGCAGUCAAAUUAUAAAAUAGAAUUUUCCCUUUGUAAAUGACAUUUUUUUA